AUGGUAACGACGCUCGGUAGCACUAAGAUGGCAGCCGAAGGAGGCGGAGGCCCGGGCGGCUGGCGUCCGAGCGGACCUCCGUGGACGGUGCUGCUUUUCCUGACUGGUCUUCGGCCGAGCAUCACCACCUCGUCUUCGAUCUCCUGGAGCGGCGGCUCCCAUUGCCAUCACCGCGUCCCCUCCGCUGAUGAGGUCAUAUACAAGGUUCAGCUUAAAACAAAUCAUGUUCUGAAGAGGGAUGUUGAUCAGCAUUUAAGAAUUAAGAUUGUUUACGAUAAAAGUGUUGAAGAGUUGCUUUCUGAGAAAAGGCACCUUGUAAAGAAUAAACUUUUUCCACAAGCUAUUUCAUAUUUGGAGAAGACAUUCCAAGUUCGUAGACCUACUGGCCCUAUCUUGCUUAGCAGACAAUGUGCAACAAAUCAGUAUAUAAGAAAGAGAAACGACCCCCAUAGAUACUGUAAAGACUCUUGUGCUGAACAUACUAAGUGUGGUCCCAUCCGAGUGCCUGAGGAACAUCUGCAGCAAUGUUGGGUUUAUAAUGAGUCUGAACGGAUGCGUAGAUCAUCAGGCUUGCCAAGCAGCAAGGGCAUUAAAGAUGCAGACUUUGUGCUGUAUGUUAGUGCUCUAACCACUGAGAGGUGCAGCCAAGAAAAUAUCAUUGCUUAUGCAGCUUAUUGCCAGCAAGAAGCAGAGAUGGACAGGCCAGUAGCAGGAUAUGCAAACCUGUGUCCAAAUAUGAUUUCUACUCAACCUCAAGAAUUUAUUGGAAUGUUGUCAACUGUGAAACAUGAGAUUAUUCAUGCCUUGGGUUUUUCUGCUGGACUUUUUGCCUUCUACCAUGAUAAAGAUGGAAAACCUCUGACUUUUAGAUAUGCAAGUGGUUUACCACCUUUUAAUAGCAGUCUUGGAUUGUAUCAGUGGAGUGAUAAGGUGGUUCGAAAAGUGGAGAGACUUUGGGAUGUUCAGGGUAGUAAGAUGAUACCGCACAGUGUGUUUCUUCUCGUAACACCUCGUGUUGUUGAAGAAGCUCGGAAACAUUUUAAUUGUCCAAUUCUGGAAGGAAUGGAACUUGAAAAUCAGGGUGGUCUAGGCACUGAGCUGAACCACUGGGAAAAACGGUUAUUAGAGAAUGAAGCAAUGACUGGCUCUCACACACAGAACCGAGUUCUCUCUCGAAUAACCUUAGCAUUAAUGGAGGACACCGGCUGGUAUAAAGCUAAUUACAGCAUGGCUGAGACCUUAGAUUGGGGGCGUGAUAAAGGCUGCGACUUUGUCAUGAAGAGUUGUAAAUUCUGGAUUGAUCAGCAAAAACAAAAGAGACAAGUGCUAGCUCCCUAUUGUGACACACUCAGAAGUAAUCCAUUGCAACUAACCUGUAGGCAAGACCGGAGAGCAGUUGCUGUGUGUAACCUGCAGAAGUUCCCCAAGCCCUUACCCCAGGAAUAUCAGUACUUUGAUGACCUCAAUGGAAUACCUGUAGAAGAUUUGCCUUAUUAUGGUGGCUCUGUGGAAAUUGCUGACUACUGCCCAUUUAAUCAAGAAUUCAAUUGGCAUAUAAGCGGUGAAUUUCAACGCAGUUCAGAUUGUAGAAUACUGGAAAAUCAACCAGAACCUUUCAAAAACUUUGGUGCUGAAAAAUAUGGACCUAAUUCAGUAUGUCUAAUCCAGAAAUCUGCAUUUGUCAUGGAAAAAUGUGAAAAGAAACUCAGUUAUCCUGACUGGGGGAGUGGAUGUUAUCAGGUUUCUUGCUCUCCCCAAGGCUUGAAAGUUUGGGUACAGAACACCACAUAUUUGUGCAGCCGGGCAGGUCAGGUCCUCCCUGUAAGCAUUCAGAUAAAUGGCUGGAUACAUGGUGGAGACCUUCUCUGCCCAGCGUGUUGGGACUUCUGUGAACAUUGCCCUCCAGAAACAGAUCCUCCAAUUUCCAACUUCACGAGAGCUUUACCACUGGAUCUCUGUUCCUGCUCCUCCAGCCUGGUUGUCACGCUCUGGCUGCUGCUGGCUAACCUGUUUCCUCUCCUGGCUGGAUUCCUGCUGUGUGCUUUGCAUUAGGGGUUCAAAAGAUGGAUCCCUGAGAAUCUCUUUUAUGUUGUUCCUCUUGGCCAGAGCAUACAACCUAGGAACCAGCUUACGAAAAAAGUUGAAGACGCAGUUGUGACUUAAAAGGCUGAAGACGCAGUUGUGACUUAAGCUGGGAACCAUUAAUCACAGCCUGAUCUUGAAACUCUCUCCAUACAAAGAGCUUUGAUUAACCAAGCUUUGAGAAGAAAAGUGAUCUUAUCAGUUGCCAAGUCCAUUAGUGUUUUAGGACCAGUGAUCAUCCCUUGAUGGUUUUCUUGAAUUCUUUUCAAACUGUCCUUGGGGUGACUAAGGAAUCAUCAGACUAAUUACAUACCUCAGUGUUGUCAGAAAUCAUGGACAAGAUCAGCUGCCAGCGCCGCAGUAGAUUGGCUGCUCACCAGCAGGUCAUUGCAGAAUCCUAAAUUCUAUUGAAUCCUGUGGAGUUUUUCAAAAUUGUGAACUCUCAUCUGACUUAUGGAUCUUUUGAUUUUAAUGCUGUUCAUGGGACCCUCUUUACAUCAUUAUACCGAAAGCUAGUUCAAUGGCAUUGCUUUAUUUAAGCAAUUUCAUUCUGUAACUUAAUCAUGCCUUCCUUUUUCAAGCUAGUAGCUGAACUGAACUGUUCUAGUUCCCCUAAUGAUACAUUCUGUUUAGGAUUUUUUUUUUUUACUUCUUCCAGCAGUAUCUUUUCUUAUUAACCUUUGGAAUCUAUUGUUCAAUCACAGCCUGUUUGUGUCUUUGAUUAGGUCACAGUUUAAUGACUUCUGGAAAAAAAAAUUAGGAAAGAGUAACAAUUAUUCAUUAUCAGCUCUGAGAAUGUGACUAUGGGAGGGAAGACUGGCGGUUUUUCAGGCAGAAGGCGCCAGAGCUCUAGUCCCCACAGUCACAGAGGGCCCGUCGUGGCCCCAGCCAGGCUUCAGAGAGCCCCGGCCUGCGCAGGCGUGUCCCGCUUCUCACAGGGAUAGAUCCCCGGACAGGCAUUUUGGGCUGUCUGACAGGUGUGGUAGGAAAAGCUAUCGUCGGCCGUCCUUCCCCAGCGACACAUCUCGGAGAAGUGAGCAGGCUUUCGUAGCAUUUCUUCUAGCACUUUCUCACCCUCGGGCUUCAGGAGGCCCUCUCCCACCAGGGGCGCAGGUUCUGCUUCAUAAGCCCAAGUCUUGGGCCCAGCACAAGCCAGCUUACCUCAGCCCCCACUGAUUCUGGGCAAUCCGUAGGCAUGUUCUCCCUGGGCAGUGUGUGCAUCUCCCUGACCGGCGGGAGGGAGAUUAUGGCCAAGUGUUAAUAAUACAGUGUAUAAAGCUGGGGGGGAGAAGGGGGGCAAAGAAGAAAUCCAGACAGACAUGUUCAUAAACCAUAGUGUCCGUAGUCUCCAGCUUUAAAUUUUAGCUGGGCAGGAUAUGUCCUUCCUUUGUACAUUAAAGCCCAGAAAUAACACCCACCUUAAAGAGUGAGCAAUUUUUUUUAUAUCUCUAUUGAAGGAAAAGCUAAUUUGUAUGCAUGGGGCAGGAAGGGGAACAUAGAUCUCUGGACUGCAGGCCCUUUGCCAUAAAAUUUCCCUUAUUUUCUGAAAGGCCGAAGCCCAAAAUGGCUGGGGUGGUCACCUUUCAGUCCUUGCUGCUUCCAGAAAACUCCCAGUCUUUGGUGCUGAAUUUCCCCAGCCUUGACCCAGGUGAGAAAUGGAAAUUAACCCUUCUUGCCAGAACACACUCCAACCUCCAACCCGUUCUUGUUGGGAGAGUCUAAUGUAGACCACACUUGGCUAAACAGAACAGUACAAAGGUAAUAGCGUUUAGGAAGCACACAAGCUUAGCUUUUAGUCUUCCCAAUAUGCGCAUGCACUUCAGGGAGGUCAGGACACCAGGAAAGCUUACCUUAUUUUUGAAAAGAAAUUAAUGGCUAAUAAUUGACCUAAAGUCAAUUAUCUACAGUGAUUCGGGAAUCACUUGAACUGGACGACACAAUUUCGCCAAAAUUUUGUAGUUAAAAGUAGACUAGAUUCACAAGGGUAGAUAUUGUUAUCUUCUGACUGUUGUACAGUAAUAGACUUUGGGAGCAUUGUUUCAAAGCAUGGUGCUUUUAUACUUGAAAGAUAUCUUGAUUUAUUUUUCUUAAUAUGAUUAUAUUUGCACUAACUACUUUCUUGAUAUAAUAUAUAGCUGACAUUUUUACUUCUAUGUAUAUUUAUUACAUUUGCAAUCUGGUAACCCAGUGUUGUGUCUGCACAAAUGUGAACCUUGAUAAGUUUGGGGUUGAAUAUCUUGACUUCCAUAAGUAAUGAGCUGUAUUGGUGUCUUCUCUGUCCGAUGAUAGCUUGAAAAGUGGUUUUUACUUUGCAUUGUGUUCUGCUAUUUGUACAAGAUGUGUCAACUGUGUUUACAGGACUAACCAACCCUCUAUAGCUUCUCCAGGGAGAUUUUAAGAAGCAUUUUUUGAUCUGCUGGAGUGUAGCAAUGGAAUAAAGAGUGGUUUUAAUUACCUGAUAUUUCAGUUCAGGAUUUGUGAGAAUGUUUUCCUUUAGGGACCAGAAAUUCUGAAUGCUAGAAAAUUGUAAAUGGCUCAGCUCCUAUGGAAAACACAUAACCCAUGGAAGGCUAUUUCAUAUUAGAAACAACAAAAAGUUACACUAUGGAAAUAGAAGGUAGGAUGAGAAGACUGCUGCUAUAAAGAAAAGGAGAUGGAAAUGGAGGAAUAAUAGUGGAGAGCUGCAAAGAAUGAAUUGAACAGCUUUCUGACUCAGGAAGGGAAAUGUCCUUGUAAAACUGACUACCUCAGUUUUCCAUGCAGUCAUAGGUUCAUUUUACUCAUGUUAAUUUCUAAAUAAUUUAAAGUAUGAUGUAAAAAAAAGUGUCUCAGGUUUUAAAGAACAGAAUUCAUAGGAAAUAAAAGCCAUUUCAGCAACAGACUUGAGUUGACUGUUUUGGAGAAAGGGACUUUAAAGGCCAUCUCUAGUCCAACCUCCUUCCCAGUGCAGGAAUCCCACUAUAACACCCCUUUCAGGUGAUCAUCCCACUGCUGCUUGAAUAUAUGUGAGAGAAAAUUCACUACCUCAGAAGGCAACCCAUUCCAUUUUUUUUCAUAUGAGAGAAAAUUUUAGUAUAAUUCCCCCUGCUUCCCACAUAGAAUUAUUUCUUUGUCCUCUUCCCUACCACAUACCUUUUAGUCACAAAACAUUUUCAUUCUUGGUUGGUCUUCUUUGUUUAAAGUUAAGACAAAGGAAUUUCUGAUCCUUUUCAAAAUACUUUUAGAGAAAAACAAAAUAAGGUUUACCAGGAUAUUUCACAAUUGGAAUCUUCAGUAUUUGUGAUCAUUGAGAAAAAAAUUAGCUGAUCUUAUGACCUCAAACAAGUCAUCUAUUCUUUUUAACCCAGUUUCCUCAUAUACCUUACAACUUUGAAGCAUCCACAGAACAGAAAUGGCUCUGAUUCCCAUUUCUGGAAUAUACCGUACUUGCAUGCUGUGUUUGAUAAAGCAUGCUGUUGGUUUUAUAGUACUAUCCUUCAACCACGAUGUUCUUAGAAGUGGAAGGGUUAGAAGGAUGAUUACUAGCAGCUGAGCAGGAAUAGUAUGCUUCCUGCAGUCCCAUUGCUUGAAACGCACUAACCUUUAGUGCCAAGACCUUUCUGACAAUGCAGAAAAAUAUCAGCAUUUUAAUGAAGUUCAUUCUACAGACCAAGGAUUGUUUUAAAAAGGGACAAACUUACCUUCAAAAAGGUUAUCUACUUUUUUUGGUGUAAAUUACAUUUGGAAUAAAUUUUGACUUAUAUUUGCAUAUUUCAAACAAGAUUGAAGAUUUAAGGGCUAACUUUUUAUUUAUAGGGGACUGUAAAUUUAAGAUAUUCUUGGGUAAAGUGUAUGUGUAACAUUGACAAAAUAAAAACAAAUUAGAAAGUAACUUGCAUCUUGUAUUUCCUAAGCAACAUCAUUUGUUUUAAAAUUUGGAUAAGGAAUACAAAUGCAAGAAAUGCAUUUGUGGGAAGAACUGGUAGUUUACUUUUUGUUCUGGAGCACAAUUCAAUAUUGUAUUUUUUUAAUUUUCAAUAAUAUUUUUUCCAAAUGUAAAGAUAAUUUCCAACAUUCAUUUUUAUAAGAAGACUGUUCCAAAUUUUUCUCCCUUCCUCCCUUAUCUCCUCCACCCCCCAAAUAGCAAGUAAUCUGACAUAGAUUAAAUAGGUACAAUUCUUUUAAACAUAUUUCCAUAUUUGUCAUCAACAUAUUUUAAGCCUAAUUGGGAGUCCAGUUCUCUAGCCCAGAACACAAAGAAUUUUGUAUAGAACUAUAGAAUUUCAUCAGAUAAGCUACCCUCAAACAAACAGGAGAGGGAGCAAGCAAAAGGAAACAGGAGUCAAGUAAUACUGGCUAAAAUAUUCCAGACCCAUGUCACAACCCAGUUGGGUAUGAUAAUGAACAGUCAAAAACCAGCAGCAGAGUCCAAGUCACUGACUCUUUACCGUAUGGUAUAAGACUGUUAAUAGAACUACUCUUCUUGUGACAUAAAACAUCAUCUAUAACUGGUUGGCACUGGCACUGGGGAAUGAUUUUUUUUUUCUCUUUUUGCAAGAGUAUAAAAAAGGGAAUCUAGGACACUUCCCUAUUUCUUGGGUAACUCUUCCUCAUCAGAGAGGAGGAAAUGGAACCAGAAGUACUUAGACUUUACAAGGACAUUUUCUGAUGUGGUUGAUGAAAUUUACAGGAAUUCAAAAUGCCCUUUGAUCUGAAAGUCUGUUGUACCUCAGGUAUUUUAUUUAUAAUUUUUUAUGUUAACAAAAACAGUUGAUAAUACAAUUUAAGGAAUCUAAUAGAUAAUAGGCAACAAUACAGCAAAGUUAAAAAUAAAGAUAUUUUGUUGUACAGAUGUGUUCAUACUGCCCUUUAGAUGUUUAUAGAUUAUUUGACCUUUAAAUUGUCUGUUCUUAUGUAAUUUGAUUUUCCUGUCAAUAAAAUUUAAGAAAGGCUUCUAGUAUUUCCAAGAAGAUAAGAUAUAUUUGGGAUGUAAAAUGUUGCCAGAAUUCCAUAUAUUGCUGAAUCAUUGGUAUUCUGAACACUUUCUUUUUUAUUCUCUUGUCAGACAGACUAGGAAGAAUUUCACAGCUAUGAAAAGCAAUGUGAUGACACCCUAUUUUAAAGAUGAGCAUAUUGGGCUUUGCUUUAUAAUAUUUAUUAAUAUCUAAACUGGUUCUAAGAUACUGCUGUUCCAAUAAUUGACUUCUUAAUUCAAUUAUUCUCAGUGGAAACUUAAUUACCUUGAGAUAUCACCAUUGCAUCUGAUAAAAUGAACUUUCUUGCCUA